AUGCGCCAUGAAUUCUUGGCUGAAACAAUUCUUGGAGACAACGUUGGCUUCAAUAUUAAAAACGUUUUUAGAAAGACGAAGCGAGAAAUGGUUACUUGGGAUAACAAGAAUGAUCCUGCAAUGGAACCGAAAAAUUUCACAGCGCAGUAUAUCACUAUGAACCAUCCGGAUUUAAUAUAUUCCGGAUAUAAUCCUGUUUUGGAUUGUUACACUGCUCAUAUUGCGUGGAAGUUCUCAGAACUAAAAGAAAAGAUCGAUCGUGGAACUGGUAAAACGACGAAAGCAAACCCCAAAUGUUUAAAGAAAGGUGAUGCUGGCAUUGUUACAAUUGUUUAA